AUGGGAAAGGGUUUGAUAUGGGCGACGGCAGAGGAUUUGAAUCGGAACAGGGGUCGAGUUCUGUCGCUAUAUCGUCAAACACUGAGAAGCCUGAAUUCUCCUUUGUUGCCACUGAAUUUUGCCUCUAGACUAGCCAUGAAAGCUAAGGUACGUGCAAUGUUUUGGGUUGGUUCUGACGAACGCUCUUUGCAUAACAUUGCUGACCUAAUUGAUGCUGCUGAAUACUCUCUUUCCUUUCUCAAAAAAGGUCGAUUUCCUCCUCGGCACAUCACCUGA